CCGAGUACUGGUUUGUUUAGUAGGUAGGUAGGUGAUUUACAAACACCCCCAGGCCCCUACUGCGCAGUAACUAGGAGACUCUCCAGCAUGUAUCCCGCCCGCUGCGCUGCGCUACGUUGCCAUGACAUUGCCGGCCCGCCUUUUCUCUCUCCCCGGAGCGCUGAUGGCCGAAGGAGGCAUGAUACGUGUGCUGGCCUCGCCGGACGGGCUGUCGGCCCAUGUGGGUAGGCGUCUGGCUAUCAAUGCGACUGCCAAUGCUAAUGCCAUGCCAUGACGGCCAUGCGAUGCCGGGGGACGACUGGGCCGAUUGAAAGCUGGUCGACGCCAUAAAUACUCCAUGAUGCCUCUCCCACCCACUCCUCCCUCAUCUCCCUUCUUCCCCUCUCCUGCUCCAUCUUGCGUCGCGGUUCUGUCCUCUCCACGAAACAAACACCACACCUACACUUACACCUUCAUCCCCCCACCGUCACCAUGGUUGUGCCCAACAUCAAGCUCAACAGCGGCUACGAGAUGCCCCAGGUUGGCUUCGGCCUCUGGAAGGUCGAGAACCAGACCGCUGACACCGUCUACAACGCCAUCAAGGCCGGAUACCGUCUGUUCGACGGUGCUUGCGACUACGGCAAUGAGAAGGAGUGCGGCGAGGGCGUCGCCCGCGCCAUCAAGGACGGCCUCGUGAAGCGCGAGGAGCUCUUCAUCGUCUCCAAGCUCUGGCAGACGUUCCACGACGCCGAGCGCGUCGAGCCCAUCACCCGCCGCCAGCUCGCCGACUGGCAGGUCGACUACUUCGACCUGUUCCUGAUCCACUUCCCCGUCGCGCUCGAGUACGUCGACCCCGAGGUGCGCUACCCGCCCGGCUGGCACUACGACGGCGACAAGGAGAUCCGCUGGAGCAAGGCCACCAACCAGGAGACGUGGGGCGCCAUGGAGAAGCUGGUCGAGAGCGGCCUCGCUCGCUCUAUUGGCAUCUCCAACUUCCAGGCCCAGACCAUCUACGACCUCCUCAAGUACGCCAAGAUCCCCCCCGCCACCCUCCAGGUCGAGCUGCACCCCUACCUCCAGCAGCCCGAGCUCGUCCGCCUCGCAAAGGCCGAGGGCAUCGCCCUGACUGCCUACUCUUCCUUCGGCCCUACCGGCUUCAUCGAGCUCGACAUGGACCGCGCCAAGUCUGCGUCGCCUCUGAUGCAGCACGAGGUCUUUACCACCCUCGCCGAGAAGCUCAGCAAGACCCCCGCCCAGGUUCUCCUCCGAUGGGCCACCCAGCAGGGCCUGGCCGUCAUCCCCAAGACCCAGCGCCCCGCCGUCAUGGCCGAGAACCUCGACUGCUGCGCCUUCGAUAUCCCCGAGGAGGACAUGAAGCGCAUUUCCAAGAUGGAUCUCAACCUCAAGUUCAACCAGCCCACCAACUACUUCCCCACCGAGAAGCUCUGGAUCUUCGCUUAGAUAAAUGACUUGACUUGACGACGAAAAGUGAUGGAAAUGACUUGCUUUGGGAUCAUCUUAGGCGUUUGUUAUUGUUGAUGGCUCUAUCUUCUAGCCCCAAAGGACAUCAUCGGGAGUCCACCUUAAAAUACAAACAAGU